UUUAAAAUACAGUAACAGUUUAUUGACACACACGUUCUAUUCAAUUACUUUUCUUUUCUGAGAUCCUCAAUUGUCCAUGUUUUUCUUGCAAAUUUUACUGAAAAGACGAGUGGGUGUUACUUAUAACAGUUUACAGGCUAAAUUACUAGAUGUACCUGCUGUGGAGGAGAGUCUGUCAUGAGAAUGACAGCUGCUAAGCUGGUCGACACAUUCCCUGAUUUUUUUGGGUUGAACACAGUACUGAACCUUUGGGUUCCGUAAAAGUAGAGCAAAUUCUUGAUCAGCUAAGCGAAUAUUAGUUUCUCAUGAAGGCCUCUGUACCACAAUACCAAUACGUGGUGGUGUAAAUACUACAGCUGCUGGUAUAGAGGCUAAUUUUAUACACAGAUUUUGGCAUAUUUUGCUUUCUGAGAACUUCCAGCUUCCUAUGUUCUUGAAUGAGAUGGCAUGAUAAGCAAUAAAUGGUGAGCGAGUAAAGAUUUGUAUGAAAAACUGCUUUAGCCUGUUUCAGCAUACUGACUCGAACAGUCUGAAUAAAAUCGCCCAUAUCUCAGGACACCUGGCAGCCUGGCUCAAAUUUGAAUAUAUUUCUAACGUUUUGGUGCUAAAUGAACGUGUUUAAUUGAAAUAUAUGACUCAUUUGUGUAUUCUUUACUUAAGGACGCUUUCCACAUGUCAGACUGUAUGCCCAUAACGUAGAAUAGUAGAGCGAUAAAUGAAUAACGAGCUGCAAAAGAUGAUAAAGGAAGACACCCUAGCCAAAUUCAAGAUAAUUUUGCUGGCAUCUUAAUGGAGGGGUGAGAAAAAAAAAUCCUCAGUUAUAACCGGUAUACGGACGAACAUGUGAACCAGGGGCAACUUACAUUGAAACAUGAGCACUAGCCGCUUGGUCAUGAUUUUCGGUGAGAUAAUACUGCUAAAAUUAAUCUUAAAAGCCAAGUUUACUCGUAAAGGUAUGAAAUAUAGGUCAUUUCAGUUGACUCAGAAUAAGACCAAAUGGCAGAAGUUGAAAUUAUGGCAAUGAAUCUUCAUAGUCUUGCAACAGGGAACUGCUUGGCCAGCGAAAUAAUUAUCAACUGUACAUUUAAGUCCAUUAAUUUAUUCUCUCUAUGCUGGGCAAAUCCCACUCGCUUAAAGCGUAUUUUCGCCCCCACCUACUACUCGUACUAAUUCCCACGUCAGUAUAUUGCGGUCCUAGCACAUGCGCGAAACCUAAUGCGCUCCAUAUAAUGAGUAAAAGAGCAGUGACAUUAGUCUGUGGCAAAAUCUGGUUCAGUAGCUGAACGUCAGUGAGCACUUUAUAUGUCGGUGCAUCUCAGAACCAUGGCUUCGAAAUCAAGCUGAUAGCAGGGGACACACAGGUAGAUGUCGGAGAAAAUGUACUACUGGGGGGAAGAGAAGGAGUCGGUGGACCCCGACCAGACGUUUAUAGAGUUCUCAGCGAAGCCGGUGGGACCCACGGCGGCCGUGGCACCUCCUCUCCAUGUAAGCACAACACCGGCAGGUCGGCAGACCACAGGGGCACCAGAGGACGCUGACGAGGAGCGCGGUGGCUGGGGAAACAAGCUGGACUUCUUGUUCUCUUGCAUCAGCGUGUCCGUGGGGCUGGGUAACGUGUGGAGGUUCCCCUACCUGUGCUACAAAAACGGUGGAGGGGCCUUUCUAGUGACGUACGGUAUCGCUAUGAUAUUCUGCGGAAUCCCCAUCUUCUUCCAAGAAGUUGCGGUAGGACAGUACUUAGGAGCGGGAGGCAUGACUUUAGUGGGUCAGUUAUGCCCCAUACUUCAAGGUGUCGGCUACGCGACCAUGACCAUUGUGUUCUUCCUGGACAUAUACUACUGUAUUAUCAUUGCGUGGACUAUAUUCUACCUGAUCGCCACCUUCCUGAGACUUCCUGGACUGCCGUGGCAAACGUGCGACAACUGGUGGAACAGCCCCAACUGCUACACACGGGGAAUGAACGCGUCCAUUGUGCACAACUACACGAACCACACGACCACUCCAGUCGAGGAAUACUGGGAGAAGAGGGUGCUCCAAAUCACGGACGGUAUAGAUGAUCUUGGGGGAAUGCAAUGGGAGCUGUUGGGGUGCCUCGUGCUCGGAUGGGGGCUCGUAUACCUCAUCAUCUGGCGCGGCCUGCACGCCAGUGGCAAGAUCAUCUGGUUCACGGCCCUGUUCCCCUACGCGGUGCUACUCGUGCUUCUGGUUCGCGCCGUGACGCUCAACGGCGCCGAUCAGGGUCUACUGUAUUAUGUGACGCCGCGCUGGGAAGAGCUCCUGGGGCCUGGGCCCUGGAUAGAUGGCGCGACGCAGAUCUUCUUCGCCUACAGCAUCGGUACCGGCGCCCUACCGGCACUGGGUUCUUACAACAAGUUCCACCACAACUGCUACAAGGACGCUCUCAUCACGUGCGUGGUGAACACGCUGACCUGUCUACUGGCCGGCUGUGUGACCUUCUCCAUCCUGGGCCACAUCGCCCUGGAACAGGGGGCGGAGGUGUCUGACGUGGUGAAAAGUGGACCAGGGCUUGUUUUCCUCACGUACCCCGAGGUGGUGCUGAAGCUUCCCGGUGCUCCCGCUUGGGCGGCCAUUUUCUUUUUCAUGCUGGUGAUCCUUGGAAUCGACAGUGAAUUUUGCAUCGUAGAAUCGUUUGUCACAGGAAUGGUCGACAACUGGCCGGAAGUACUGCGCCCUCACCGGAAGAAGUUCACAUUUGGGAUGUGUGCUGUCAUGAUGGCGCUCGGAAUUCCGAUGGUUACACAUGGUGGAGCGUAUAUCUUCCAGCUGAUGGACUUCUACUCAGCCAGUGGCAUGUCACUAUUGUGGGUCUGCUUCUUCCAAACUAUCGCCAUUUCUUGGAUAUUCGGGGCACAGAAAUUUAUCGACUGUGUUCAGCAGAUGAUGGGCAUCCGGCCCAACAAAUUCUGGUAUUUCUGCUGGGUUUUCUUUGCCCCUGUAGUAAUGGUGGCAAUUUUCGUCUUUUAUUGUGUGGACUAUAAGCCAAUAACCUAUGGCAAGUCAUAUAAAUACCCACGGUGGGCUGAGAGGCUUGGUUUCUGCAUGAGUUUCGCAUCCAUGAGCUGGGUCCCUGCCUAUGCCAUCUACUACGUCCUAGCCACACCAGGAUCAGUCAAAGAGAAUCUGCUGAAGGGGCUGAAGCCGAACAUCAAGUCCAGAGGGAAGAUCCCGCAGGGGGAGAAGGCAGCAGUGAUCCCCAUGUCUGAGAGCAGUGCGGGACUGCUCACGAAGAACAACUCCUUCCUGACGCAGUAGAUGCCUCAGCAUUCAUUGCCUUUAGCAGUUUCUCUUCCGCCAUACACUGCUGCCACGGAUCUUCCAUGCCUGGAACCAGGCGUAAUGAAAUCCAGACGCUAGGCGAGCGACUUUCCCAAUCACCUCGAAUAAUCAGAUUGUGGAGGAUGUUUUCAGUACUCUGAAGAUUCCACACAGAAAGUGACCCUGUUUCACAUUCCUCAAUAGUUUUAACCCAUGCGCUAGAAGUCUCAUACAUACGUCACACUAAUUUUAAUUUCGAUUUUAUAAUUGAUUUUCUGUUACGUGAGAUGUGACGUCACGGUGGUGCUGUUGAAGAGAACUACCGUUCGGCCUGUGAUGCUAUGUAGCCUGGUUGAAGUUUACCGACAUUUUGGAGGAACGUAUUGCCUCCAUCUUCAGGGUCGAAGAGUAAAGGCAACAAGCAGAAAGUAAACUUAUACCAGACAACACGGUGCCACAUACAGGACAGCUCUAUUCAGUUUUCUUUUAGUUCAGUCCUGAUUUUCUACGUGCUGUAUUAAGAACCACGCCACAAAAAAGUAUGGGGCAGUUAUUCCAAUUCGUUCGUUUUCAUUUGAAACUACGUUUUUGUAAAAUAACAUUAAUAUAUUUACAUAUGAACUGUGUUCUCCUGCAUGCAAUAAAUGCAUUUUAUAAUAGAGAAUCCAAUAGGCCCAUGUCUUUGUUAAGUCUUGAAACGAAAAAUGUAGCAGCUCACAUAAUGACUUACUUCUUGGAGGGUCCAAAAUAAUUGCAAAUAAUCAUAGUCAAAGUGGCCCUAGCUUACUGGCAUGGAAGUAUUGUUUUAUUAUGAAAUUGAAGUACAAAGAGUGUUGUAAAAUUGUCUUUGUGCAUUAGAAUAGACAAAAGUACUCUGAAAGAGAUGUCAAGAAAAGCAGCAGAACCUUCAGUGAUGAAAUAUCAGUCACAUUAAGAGAAAUUGCUUGAAGGUGUUACCACAGAAUGUGCCAAGUUAAUGUUAGCCUAACCUACUGCACUGAGGGGUUGUUUGGUUGCCCCUGUACUCAACUGCUUUUGUCUAUUAAGGAUUACAGUUUUGUUUUUACAAAGAGUAUCUACAAGUCUUGCAAACUGAUAUCAUUAACUUCAUGAUGUUAAGGAAGGUUUAAGGAUCUAGGAUAUUAGAUGUGUAUGCAUAAACCAUGUAACCAAGAGAAUGAAAAUAUGAAGGUCUGUAACGGAAAUUGCUGUAACCACCAUCGUAAUUCGUAAUUCAACAGUAAAAUAGAUUAUUCACUAAAUUUAAAUAGUGCAGUGUCUGAAAGGAUGAUGUAAUAUUAAUUCUGCACAAAAUUAAGUAAUAUGUUAUGUUGAAAUAUCGUAUACAAAACAUAAAACCGUUUAUUCCAACUAUCUCUAUGUUUUGGAUAUGAAACAUUUUGGGCAAGUUGUAAGCCACUCUUUGGAAUAAAUACAAAAAAAAAAUCUUUCCCGUAAAUCUAAUUUUCGUGGCAUUCAAAUAUGAAAACGAGAACAUAUUAAUUUGUUCAAUUUCAUUACUUCUCGUUGCUUUGAUGCUGGAAUUACUGAAUGAGGGAAUUCAAAAUACGCUAUUGGCUGAUCUACAAUAUCGUUAUAUUCUUACCUAGUUUCGCAAAAAUCAGAGUUUUUCAUACUUGCUGGGGUGCCCAGUCAAGUAUAAUAGGGCUAUGUACAAGCAGGACUUUGAAUGCCCAUGCUCACACAUCUAGAAACGUAACAUCAACAAUGAAUAAACAGAAAGUAAUAUUAAUAUUUCUCAAGAAAAUCUCGAGACUACUGGCCCUACAGCAGAUGGAGCAACAAAAAGACUGGGGAACAUUCCAAUGCAAUUUGUAUAUUGCAGCAAAUAUAAUUUGGGCGACCAAAUAGAGAAGAGGGGGACACGGUAGCGUAGUUGGUUGAGGUACUAUGCUACAAGCCGGAAGGUCACGGGUUCAA